GAAUCGGUACUUCGAGUCAACCGAUGUACCCGUUACUCAGUAACGAAUACAUGCGGUUUGCUCCAGCUCUAGUGUUCAUUUUUUUUUCCCGUCUUCUUCGCUCUAUUUAUUAAGUUUUGUUGAUUUGUUGGUAAAGUCGCGGACUGCGAGGUGGAUUCGUGGAGCGAAAAGAUUGUCAAAUAUUAGAACUGUGUUUUUGAAGACAAUUAUAUGAUAACGAAUAUAUUAUUAAUGAAACAAUAUAGCAGUUUUUAGAAUUCCAUAUUGUUUUUUACUUCUUAUCUAUAUUUAAAAUCACCGUUUUGACAAAUUGUGUGCAUAUUUUGGUCAUUGUUUACCAAUUUUUACUGUACGCUAAAUACGUAUCCUCAUCUUAUGAAUUUCAGUUUCAGAAUAUUUUAUUGGGUUUUAGGCAUCGUGUUUUUGGAGUGAUUUGUUUCUGUAUAAUAGGAUGAAUUUUGCACAGUUUCUGUGGAGAGUGAAUAGUUAAGAAAAUUUUAAGAUGUAUCUGGAUUAAAUGAUAUGAUUUGUCUAUGGUGGACAUGGCCAUCUAAAAUACACUAAUGAACUGGUGACUAGAACAGAUUUUUAUUGUUUUAAAGACUAAAAAUCCAUCUCUGCCUAUAAAUCAUGAACUUUAAUCAAAGAUAUCCUUAUGUAAGUACUGACAGCACUCAGCAGCCUGACCAGUUUUCCACCAUUCAUGCAACAUUUGAAUCUCAUUGGAAUAGAGCAGAUGUUGGUAACAGGAGUUCUGACCCCAUUUUGGAAGAAAAUAUUUGCAAAUUGGUUUUAUAUGAAGAAAUAUUAAACACAGGAGUUAGAGUGUGGGAUCUGUCAAUCCUCAUUCCAAAUGUUCUAUUUUUGCUUUUCAUGGUCAUAAGAUGUAAUAGAGCGCGUCUGAAGUUACGAGCAACAAAUAGUCCUAUAUUUUCCACAUUCUACAUUUUGGUGGCUUUAAAUGCAGCUGUUAGUGUUUUACGCUGUAUAGUUGCAAUGACUGUGAAUGCUGUUGAUGUUGGUGAGAUUACUGAUAAGGUACUGUGGGUUGUGGUAAGGUGUUUUCUGUUGGCAACAGAAAUAAGUGUGUUGAUAUUUGGUCUUGCAUUUGGGCAUCUAGAUAGUCAAACUAGUAUUCGAAGGGUUCUUGUGGUAACAUCAUGUGUAUCGCUAAUAUACUCUGGACUACAGGGUGCUCUUGAAAUAAAAGUACCUGAUAAGAAUUUUUUUGUGCUGCAUAAAAAGAAAGGUCUUUUUGGUCAUGGUGGAAUGUUAUUUUGGUUUAUCAGCUCGAUUCUUUUCAGUUUGGUAUAUAUGACUGUUCUAAUUUUACCUUGGACUAAGCUGCGGGAUAGGCUUGCUCUUCCAUCCAAACCAUCCUUUUAUUGGUAUAUAUUAUUCCUUGAUAUACUAAAUAUAUCGCAGACAGUUGGAAGUGGACUGCUAUAUUAUAAGGAAGAAUAUGGAUUAUGUGUUGUUGAUGUUACAGCAUAUGUAUAUUUCACUAUAUUCACCCCUUUGGUGUAUAGGACAUUCCUUGCAGAUUUUUUCAGUGUAUCUCAACCAAGUAUUAUGUUUUCAUACAAAGCCCAAGUAGAUGAUGUAGUUGAAGAUGAUAAUGUCAGUUUACCUCAUCAACUUUCCUGUUCAUCAUUAAAAACAGAUUCAGACUACAUUUAUCAGAAUAAUUCAUUGUAUGACAGUACUCAUUUUGAUGCAGCUAAUGUCAAUCCCCUGUACAUACACUCUUUACAGUCACCUGAUAGUUUUAAUGGAUUUGAAGCACCUAGUAUGACAGGUAGUAUUAAUUCAAGCCCUGCAAAGCAGCAGCAAUAUCAGCAAGUUUCCUCAACCACUGGUGCUAAAAUAAGUUCACCUUGAUGAAUUACCAUAUUUUAUAUAAACAUGUAAACUUUUAAAGUUUUGUUUAAAUAGGCAGGGAUGUCUUUUGUCUCAUUUAAAAAUAUGUUACCUUGAUGUUAAUUCAGACCUGUAUUACCAUUAACAUUUUGUUAUAAUUUGAACAUUUCCAAUCUGUGCAUCUUUUAUUAUUCUUUUUAAGCUUAAAAAGUAUCUGUGAAAACAGAUGACUAUUAUUCAUGUGAUUAAAGUUCUUUUUGAAAAAUUUGGUAUGCUUCUCUGUCUGAAAGAAAAAUUAAUCAAAUUGUUUCAUAAGUCUGCCAUAUAUAGGUAGUUUGUUUUUCUAUUUAAUCAUUUUGUGUAGUAUGUAUGUGCCAGGUUACAUUAUGCUUCUUUGAUCCAAGUUGUAAGAUCAGAAAUGAAAGAAUUUGUAUAUUCCUAGUCAUAUGGUUUUUCUGUUUAUUGAGGCAUAAAAAUAGUAUCCCCCAUGUAUGAUUGUUGACGUCUUAAUAUGUAUAGGAAAAAAAUUUGCAUGCCAUUUAAAAUUUAAUGUAUAUUAAUUCUUGUUAUAGAAAUCUGAGAUUAUGUUGUAUUUUUUUGUUCUCUGAUGUGAAAUUUUGUGCUUUAUUUUUAUCAGACUGAGAGCUGGGAAUAUUCUUUUGGUGCUAUUUCUGUUGCCCAAAAUUCCAUUUGUCAUCAGAAUUUUCUUCAAAUUUUAGUAAAAAAAAAAAAAAAAAAAAAAAAAAAAAAAAAAAAAAAAACUAAGCAUACAUUUAAUUUAAAUGCUUAUUUACCAUCAUAAUGAAUUAUCUGCUGGUCAUUUGUAUUUUAACACAAAAUUCACAAUAAUUAUCUGUGAAUUUCAGUGGAUAGCACUAUAAAAUAUAAAUUUCUGACUUGCAGCCAUUAUCUUGACCUUUGUUGUUUUAGAAUUUUGUCAAUCUCUUUGCUUCUGUUGUUCUCAAAAUGAAUAGUACUGACACACCUUUUAAAAAAGGUCUGCAAUCAUUGCUUUGAGUAAAGAAAAUUCUGACUCCUAACAUCAGAUUUUUAAUGAAACAUAAAUACAAACCAUUGCAGCAUCAAAUGCAGCAUAUUUUGUUUUCACUUUUGUUCUUUACUUUGCAGUAGUUUAAAUAUUUAAACUACUGCAAGUUUUCUUUUUGUUAUAUUGCUGUAAUUUAUUGUUUGGGUUAUGAUUUACUAAACUUUUGCACAUCACAAAAAAAUAAUGCUUUGACAAUUUUAGACAAGAUUAUCCUAAGUAAAAAUAUCUGAAAUAGUAUAUCUCAAAGUAGAAUAUCUGAAAGGUGAAAACUAUAUAUACAGUAGAGUCCUGGUUGUCCGAAAUUCCAUUUUAUUUGCCAUGUCACGGAAGCCUAAAUUCUUACUAUAAAUUAUUAACAUGAACAUUUUUAUUGCAUGUUUCAUUCACAAUCCAUGUAUGCUUCUGAUGCCUGCAAACCUCACAUCUCAUAAAAAAGGUCAUAGCAAUAUAUAAUCACAGUACUUACGUUUAAUGCUAUUAGCCUGUCAUGGUUCUUGAUUAAAUAAAUACCAGUUAAUCAUGUAUGCUUUAGUGUAGUCUUUUGUGUGUGAUUUUAUUUCUUAACCAUCAAAAGUAGCUCUGAAUAGUUGCAAUUGUUCUCAUGGGGGAGUUAAUAUAAAAUACUGUCUCUGCUAUAUAUUCAUGAAUGAGAAUAAGGGUUUGCUUCUUUUCUCAUGAAAUAAUUUUGCUAUUGAAGUAACUGACUUGUGUCCAAUCUUCAUUCAGGCUCAUUUACAUCAGAUAAUGGUGACUCUGCUGUUUAUAUAUUUUAAUUAAUUAUAAGAUGUUUUUCUCAAUAGUUAAAAUUUAAAAAAGUAAACACAUCUUUAAUCUUUUAAUGAAAAUUGUAACAAAACUUUCGAUUGUGAGAUUUUAUUUACAGCAAUUAUCCAAAUCAAAUUUAAGUUUUAUCUUUUAGCCCUCUCAAGUCUGAGAAGUUUUUUAAUAAAUAAUAAUUUUAAAAAAACUUCACUAGAUUAUCCAGUAAUGUUUUUAUAUGCAGUAUACAUAUUUUAACUUUUAUGCCACUGACAUUUAGCUAUUACUGCUGACACCCAUGCAUAAAGCAUUAAAGUUUUGCCAUUAAAUGGCUUUUUCUUAUAUUUGCUUUCACAUAUAUAUAUAAAAAUUGGAUUAAUAUACUUUAUGUUUGGAUCACAUCAGGGACUUGGCUUCCUUUUGAAAAUGGACAUUUUGUGCAUAUGUUUUUCUGGUUGUUGAUAUAAAUUUCUUCAAAUUAUUGAGAUAGUUAUUAUAUAAUGAGGAAAACUGUAAAUUGGAAAAACAAUUUUCUCUAUGUUAUAAUCUUUCUCCUGCUGAUUCAGAAUGUGGUGAUUUAAUUGAUUUCUGCAAUGUAAGUGAUAAUCUAAAUAAAGUAGUCAGUGUAUAUUGUAAAAUAUUUACAUAAUGAAAUGUAAUGAACUGUCAUAUUUGUGUAUAUUAUGAAAUGUAUAUAAGUGUUAUAAAUAAUUGUGUUGAGUGUAAUAUACAAUUUAAACAAAUUUCAUUUCAAACACAUUGUAUGCGUGAUAGAAAUUAUUUAGCCCCACAUGAAAGUUCAUGCUGAUUGUCGGUGGCAUUUAGAGAGUUAAAUUUUAUGAUUUGGGCUUUCUGUUUGUUAUGUGUUCUGUUUUUUUUUUCCCAGUUUUUAUAUGCACUGUAAAAAUGUUUAUGAAUCUGGAAAAUCAUAAUUUUUGAGUUGUAAAUUUUUUUUCCUGUAUAUCUUUGCUGAAUACAUAUAUAGAGUGUGUGAUUUGGCUUAAAAGUGAUUUAUAUGUAAUUAUGGAAAUUGCCUCUCUGAUUAGGGGAACACAUGACUUUGGUCUCAUUGAUUUUGUACAAAUUUUUCACAAUUCUCAAAAAUCAGCAAGAAUUUAAGGCUGAAGUUCUAAGUAGUGUAUUCUUUAAAUCUCUGAGUUUUUUGUUAUCUCUUGUAUUGUAGUGUGUAACACAAGCCCUGCAGACAAGAAGUGCUGUUCUCAUGACAUAUUUGGGGUUGCAGAUGCUAGAUGGAACUACUUUAAUGGUAAAAUUUGUACUGACAAAUUAAAGGCUAUAAGAAUGAUGAAAUCUACUGUUCACUAAAUUUCUUUUCCUUUUUGGGGGGAGUGGUAUUUAUUUGCUUUAUAAGUAUUAUUCAUAAUUAAAAUUCCUUAAAAAUAGAUUGCUGUCUGUAACUGGAUUCAAACUGAAGACUUAGUGUCUUCGUUGCAGUAUGUUAUUGAGGAGUAGAACAAAUAAAGGAAAUUCAAAUGCUAAUAAUAUGAAGUUGCUUAGAACUUUGGCCUAGAUUUUCUUGCCAGUUUCUAAUAGGCCUGUAGUGGAAUUUCACAUACAUUGUCUGGUAAAAUUGGUGGUACUCUUGUAGCUUUCAAAAAUAAUAUAAAAAAUCUUAAAUACUUGAAUUCAAAUUAUAAAAUGUAAUUUUCUUUUGAGUAAUCUUUUACCCAGUCUUCCUUUUACAAUACAUAUUUUUUCUGUGAAUAAUGCAUUCAUCUUAAUGGUUAACAUUUAUCUUUAGAAUGGGAAAAUUAUGCCACAAAAGUAAUAGGACACUGCUCAGGUUACAGGUCAUUUGUGAUAAAGCUAAUCUAUGCAUUUGUGGUAUUAUUUUGCAUUGAAACACAACAGAUGAUACCUGAAAAAUCAUCUUGGAUUCUUCAAGAAAGCAUAUCACCAUUAUAUUUAGUAAUCUAGCAUACUGGAUUACUGUUCAGACAUUCUUUUCCCAAUUGGUUCUGAAUUGAUUUAAAGACUUUAUUAUGUUUCAUGCAAUAAAAUACUAUUCAAAGCAUUUCAGAAUGAAAAGACAUGGGAGACUUUCCAAGGUAUAUUUUAAAUGCAGUGCAAUAUUAUCUGAAAUAAUUAAAAUAGUCAAAGGUAGUAUUUAUAUACAUAAAACAAAUAAUUAUUAAUCAAAAAGUUUCAGAGUAUUUGUUAGUGUAAUUAUUUAUGGUUAUAAGUAAGUAUGAAUUAGUUUACAAUUAUCAAGCAUUUCUUAGUAGUUAUGGAUGUUUAUUAUGAAUUCGUUAUUAUAUUUUCUUCUGGGUCUUUUUUCCCUGAUAACUAACUAUAUGCAGAUGGGUGGGUCGCAAAUAUAUUCAUAUGGGUGACAGUAAGUCACAAUUAGGUACAUGGGGAUCAUGAGACAAAAGUUUAAGCUAUGCUAAUGCAGCAUAUUCUUUAAAUAAGACUGUUAAAAUAAUAAUCCAAUAUGCUUCGUGUUAAAAAUGGUUUCAGGUCAAUGAAAGAACAGAAUGGUGAAAAAAGACAACUUUGUUUUACAAAAUUUAUGAAAAAUAAGAGUUCUAAGUGUAGAAUAAAGUAACAUCUAACAAGAAAAGCCAAUUUAAUGUCUUUCAAGCUUUAGCUUUCAGAAGAGCACAGCUCCAACUCCAGAAAUUUCAUUGCCACAGGCAGUUAAAGUAGUUGGCGCCGUCUAUAAAAUUGACAUACUAAUAAUUAAAAAUAUAUUUUCAUUUAGUUCCUGCUUUUGUAAACAAAUUAGCUGCUGCUUCCCCCCCCCAAAAAAAAACUAGCUGCCUGUGCUUUGAACUGGCCCUCAAAGCGCUGAAUGUGAAUUUCAAAGGUUCAAGUUAGUUGGAGCUGUGGAAGGUUGAAGUAGGGACAUAUUUUGCCGUUUAAAAUCGUUAUCUUAUGUUUUCUGAUAUUCUAAUAAAUUGAUAAAAAUAUAUCAAGAUUUGAAAAUGAAAUUUAACAUCAUCAGAAAACUUAUAAUAAUUCAGUUCGUUCAAGAUAUUAAACCUGAGCCUAUUUCUAUGAAUAUGCCUGCUUAAUAUACUUGAAAUAUUCAUAAUGUCUUCUCAGUUUCUGGAUUUAAACGAUAUUCAACAUAUUUAGUGAAAAAUUGAGUAUGAAAUUCGAAAACAGAAAUUGAGUAUAAAAUUCAAAAACAGAAAUUGAGAUAUAAAACAAGUAGAGGAAAAUUAGGCUGAUCUAGAUGAAUUCUCUCCAAAAAGAUUAAAUUAUGUUUUUGUCAAAUAAUAUUAAUCCAGGCAAAGUAUUAGAAAGGAUUUUAAAAUUCCGCUUUCUGAAUCCUAUUUGAAAAACUGAUGAUGUCCAGUCACUUUUGCAAUAUGAUUUCCCUUUCAAAGAAAAAUUGCUAAUUUUUUAAACUCAUUAAUUUCAUUAAAAAAAUAUUAAGAAUGAAAACAUCGAAUAAAGGAGCCAGUUAUUAUUUCAAAAGAAACCAGUUGUGGAAUUUCAGUUUAAACUUAAGAAGUUUUGUUUUUGCAAAGCACAAGUAGUACCUGAUCACUUUUGUGAGUCAGUAUAUGUAUUCUUUUUAAGGUUGGCUAUAACUAUUCCAAGCUGGGGCAGUGGCUAUAAGGACCAUUUAUUAUCCUUUUCUGAUCAUUUCUUUACAUAUGUAAGGAGUUAGUGCAUUAAAAACUUUGUGUAUGUAUGUUGUGUACUUUAAACAAUUUUGUUUGAAUAUAAGACACUGGUUAGCAGCCUAUUUAUUUGUUUUACAAAUAAUGUAUAAAAAGCCAUUUGAAAGCUUUAAUAUUAAUGUUUAAUGUCUGUGUAUAUAUAUAUUAUUUGUGCAUAAAUAUGUAAAAAGUGAUAAUUGCAUUCCAGAAUUCUGAAGAGCUAUGGAUUUUAUGUAAAAAUAUAUGUGAAUACAAGAUGUGUUUCAGUAUUCAGUGAAAAUGCUUUUUUUCAUUUACUUAAAUGUAUGUAAAAUAAAAAACUGACAUCUUGCAAUUGUGAUUAUGCCCCAGUCUUCUGCUGAUUUAUCCUACUUAAUGAUUAUGUGAAAACUAUGUUUCUUAAUGUUCAUUUUUACUUUGUUGAAGUGAAGUGUUUUAUUUAUUAGUUAUUGAAUUUUUGUUGAGUAACUAUAUAAAUUUCUUAUGAAAUAUACAGAUUUUUCUGUUGCUGGAAUAAACACAUUGCUUCUUAAAGAA